AUGGCGAAGACUGCCAAGGUCAAGAAAAGAGGUCCGUAUCACCUGCACAUCGGCUUUGCGACACACAGCUGAAUUUUCAUUGCAGAAGUUUCAAUCCACUCUCGCGCAGCUCGACGAGGCGCAUCUCCUCCGCCGAAAGACCUUGCGGCACGAGCGAAGGCCGAAGAGACCGAAUACAAACCAUGGCUACAUAACGCACAAAAUGCCGGAGUCAGCAAGAAAAAGAAGACCAAGACACUCACCCACCAACAGCGGUUGCGUCAACAGCGUGCUACGGAAAAGGCAGAUGCAAAUGUCGACAAGCUGGAAAAGAAGGUCGCAGACAGCAAGGUUCGCGGCAAGAAAGUUAGCUCGAGAGGGAUUGACUGGGAGGAGUUGAACGAGAAACUGGAAAGCAAGAAGAGAGCUGAUGAGGCUAAAGAGGCUGCGCAAAAGUCUGGGAAGGACGGUGCGAUGGGUGGGCAGGAUAUUGUUCUGCCGGAUCUGGAGCAGCCGCUGGCCAUACGGAGUGCUGAGACGUCGAGCGCUGAAGAUGAGGCUCCGGCAGCUCUGGAAAACACAAGCCUGGAGCAGCAACAGGCAGUUGUCUUGGAUCCUGAGGAGGUCGAUGAGGUGCUGUGA